GUGAAAGCAAAGAUGGCGAACGAACUAGACCGAGUGCGAAUCUCAGCUGCGGAACUUCGAGGCGACGCGUCGAAUUCACUCAAUAUAACUGACUGUCAAACAGGGGAGCAUUCUGUAAACAAGCAGCAUAAGAGGCAUGAAGGAAAGCGUCCUGAUCUGAAGCGCUAUCAGUCAGUACCUGGACCUGGACAGCGUCACUGUGAAAGUGAGGAGGGAGAAGCUGGUCAAAGUGAUCCUCUGACUGCUGAUUUAGAUGAUCCGCCCUCACAGUGUGACAUAAAGAGCGUUUCUCGAAACGUUAUAGAGAGGCAUGGGUGCACAUAUGAUGGGAUGGAUACCGACUAUAUGGAAAAAGACAGGAUGAGAGGUGAUGGUAGUGGAACUCAGAACUGUAGAAACGCUGGCAUAUCACAGGCUAAACCUGAUGCAAAUCUAAGAAAAGACUUUGUUGAAAAUGACAGUGAACAACUGGAGCCUGUAGGAGCUGCUAAACCCAUGAGGAAAGCUCGCAAACCAGAUCGAGCAUUUUAUCAACCUGGGAGCAGGAGGAGUAUUCAGGGAAAGGACGGUGGAGUUGGAAGUGAGCAGGAUAAGCCUCCAUCUAACAAGCAUGAGCACAAAACUGAGCAAGAAUCCCAAUCGAUUACAGGGAAUAGGGAAGGGAACAAAAAAACGUCUAUACUGAAGCAGGAACAGAAGGACCAAGAAGUAAAAGGCACACAUGAUAAUGCCAAACAGUUUAAAUCAAGUGAGAUUAACAGAAAGCAGGAAAGCCGAGAUCUAAACAAACCUCCAUUACCAUCUGAUUCUUCAGUAGAGAAAAUGUCUCGCAAAAUAGAAAAGCUCAGUGUGAAAGAAAAGGGUAAAGUUGGAGGUGAAGGGGAUGACACCCCAGUUUCAAGAGAUGGGAAAACAACUGAUAAAAAAGCAAGAAGCCAAGGAGUAGGAACCAUAGAGGAAGAAGAGAAGGUAGAGAAGAAGAGGGAAAGGGGAAACCGCAGAAGAAGAGGAGGAGAGAAGGAAAAAGAGACAAAUCAGGAUGCCAGUAGAGAUGAUAAUGAAGUGGGUGGUGGAGGAAAGAGGGACGGGAGGAAAGCUGAGAAAGAAAGAAACAGAAGAGCACCUGAAGCAGAAAAGGAUAAUAAACCAGGGGAGUCACACCCAAGCAAAGGAAGAGAGAACCGCAGAGAAAACAGAAGAGGAGACAAUAAUAACAACCCGAACAGAGAUACUGAGAAAGAUGCAAGGGUGCAAAAAAAUAAAGACAGGGUUGUUGAAAGAGGGGAGAGAAACAAGCCAACUGCAAAUAUUGCAACACCAACUUCAAAACGCUAUUCCAAAUCAGAUAUUCGGCGCUCACGAAAUCGAACUUAUAGCAGUAGCUCAGCCAGCAGUGUGACCAGUCUUGAUGGUCCAGGAAGAGGAAUGGAUAGGGAUAGUACCAAGUGGCCAUGCUUGGAACCAAAGUUCACUAACAAAGAGGGUAUGGCUUAUAGUGGAGAAGGGCGGAGGAGACAUCUGCAAAGCUGGACAGCCAAUGGGGAGUCUUCUACAGAAUCGCAAGAAGGGAGUGAGAUGAGUGACAUAGCAGAAGAUAGAAGGAGGAAAAGAAGAGGUGGACAGGAAGAGCAAAGUGCAGGGAGGCAAAGAGAAGACAGGAAUGGAUCAAAGGGAAACAAAGGUGGAUGUCGGGGAAUCCUAAGGGUGUCUCUAGAAACCCAGAUGGGUACCUCGCCACGUGGUGGGGCUGCCAAACAUUGCUCACCAGGCUCGGUUCCACGUGGCAGAGGUGGGGGUAUACUGGUGCUCCCAACCCGGACAGAUGUCUCUAAUCCACCUGAGGUUAGGCAGAGACUUCUCUUUGGUGGAAUAAGAGGAGGAGCUGCUAGCAGGAGUAGAGGAGGCAGAGGAGGUGGAUUGAGACGACUCUGGGAUCCAAAUAACCCUGACCAGAAACCGGCUCUUACCGGAAACCAAUCCUCACAGCACUUAUCUCUCCAACAGCCGGUUUAUCUCCAAACAGGGACUGCAUAUGGACAGCUUCACUUUUUGGACACAGACGAUGAGGUUGCAGGAAGUCCUCCAGUUCCACAGGGUGAGAAUUUUCGAUCAAAGCAAGCUGCCAUGGCCUACUACAAAUUCCAAAAUUCCGACAACCCCUACUUCUACCCCAUGUCCAACAGCAACACACAUAGCCCUGGUAACACUACCAGCCAUCAGUAUUCAUAUCCUUACCAUAUGGGGCCCUAUCAAAUGGAUCCCACAAACGGUAUGUACCCAGGCCCUGGUGUGGGUCAGUUCUGUGGUAGCUAUAAGACAGCAGGUUACUCCCAGACAGCUGCAGGAGCUGGUUUGACUCCAGAAGAGGCAGAGCAACAAGCCAGAGGGGAGCUAGGGAGAAUGCUGAGGGCUGCAGAUGCACAGGAGCUCCAGCUCAGUAACCUGCUUUCCAGGGAGAGAGUGAGCGCUGACGGGCUGGAUCGGAUGGCCCAGCUCAGAGCUGACCUUUUGGGGCUCUAUGAGCAAGUCAUCCUGACAGACAUUGAGUUCUCAGACUCUCAGAACUUGGAUCAGGCUUUGUGGAAGAACGUCUUUUACCAGGUUAUAGAGCACUUCAGACAGUUACUCAAAGACCCCACUUGUGACAACACUCCUCAUAUCAGGAACAUGCUGCUCACACUGCUUGAUGAGGGAGCACUAUUCUUUGAUGCACUGCUUCAGAAGCUGCAGACAGUGUACCAGUUUAAGUUGGAGGAUUAUAUGGAUGGCAUGGCUAUAAGGGCUCGACCAUUACGCAAAACGGUUAAGUAUGCACUUAUCAGUGCACAACGCUGCAUGAUAUGUCAGGGAGACAUAGCACGUUACCGGGAACAAGCCAGUGACUCGGCCAACUAUGGAAAGGCUCGCAGUUGGUACCUGAAAGCCCAGCAGAUUGCCCCCAAAAAUGGACGACCAUAUAACCAGCUGGCCCUGCUGGCAGUCUAUACAAAGAGGAAGUUGGAUGCUGUGUAUUAUUACAUGCGCAGCUUGGCAGCUUCCAACCCCAUCCUGACAGCAAAAGAAAGCUUGAUGAGUCUCUUUGAGGAAGCUAAGCGGAAGACAGAGCAGCUGGAGCGAAGGAGGAGGCAGGAGCAUGAAGGAGGCUCCAGGGGUCCCGCAGUAAAAGGAAGAGGAAGAGGGGAAGACGGAGCACGUGUAGAGAUUUGGAUUCGCCCCAGUGGGCAAGCUUCAACGCCUUCCUCACAGAGGGGAGGUAGUGAAUCCAGCAGAGACUCUGAACAGGAUGGAGAACUUGGCAAUCUGAGCCCUAGUGAUCUAAAUAAAAGGUUUAUACUAAGUUUCCUGCAUGCACAUGGAAAGCUCUUCACUAAAGUUGGCAUGGAGUCCUUCCCAGACGUGGCGAGCCGUGUUCUGCAGGAGUUCAGGACGCUGCUUCAGCAUGGCCCUGCUCUACUCGGCAGCACUCACUUGCUGCAGAUCAUUACCAUCAACAUGUUUACCAUACACAAUGCAAACAGCAGAGGUGAAGACGGAGAAGUGCGGCACGUUUUGCAAGAGCAAAGCACUGCCCUGGGUCUGGGCAUGUUUGCACUGCUGGUGCAGCGUUGUACAGAGCUGCUCAGAGACACUCCUGCAGAUCCAGUUGUGAUGGCAGAUGGAGAGGAGGAGGGUAAAGGGGAGGACUCGGAGGGUAUGGUGCGGGUCUCAGCUUUUCCAGUGGACCUUAGGGAACUACUGCCCAGCAUGAAAGUCUGGUCCGACUGGAUGCUGGGACACCCGGACCUUUGGAACCCACCACCAUCUAGCACUGAUAGCAACCCUGAUGUUUGGCAGUGCCUGGCUGACCUGUGUAACAUGCUGGCAUGUGUGGACCACGGGGAGGUGCCGCUGUUCAAAGCCGACACUGACGAGAGCGAGGGAGAUGAGGAGUUGACAGUGCUGCAACUGAAAGAGGACAGACUACUUGCUGGCUUUGUACCACUGCUGGCUGCACCACAGGAGCCCUGUUACACCGACAGACACACUGAAAUGGCAAUUGCAGCAGAUUGUAAGAGGGUCACCGUGCUUAAGUACUUUCUGGAGGCUUUGUGUGGACAGGAGGAGCCUUUGUUGGCCUUCAAGGGGGGCAAAUACAUAUCUGUGUCUUCUUCAUCGCCAAACAGCUCACAGGAUACACGGAGCAUGCAGGAUUCUAUUACAGAGAAAGAGGCUGAUGAUGUCAUAGUGGAGGCCGAGUCCUCUCUCUCCGCAUCAGAAGGAGACGAGGAUGCUGAGGAGGCAGGAGACAGUGAGAAUGACAUCAGACAGUUAAAAGCUCGACGUCACGUCCUUGCCAACAAGCUGGCACAGCAACAGAAGCGCAGAGAUAAAAUACAGGCAGUGCUGCAGACCAGUGGGCAGCUGGAGCUGGAAGUGAGGCCACUCUUUUUGGUUCCAGAUACGAACGGAUUCAUUGAUCACCUGGGAGGGCUGAAGAAACUCCUCCAGUGUGGAACAUACAUAAUAGUUGUCCCACUUAUUGUGAUUACAGAGCUGGAUGGCUUGGCUAAAGGCCAGGACAACUAUGGUGGAGGAGUGGGGUCAGGAGGCCGCAGCACUGGCAGCCGCAGUAACUACAAUGUUAGUGCGAGCCACGUGCAGGCGGUGCAGGAGAAGGCCCGGUCAGCAGUGGCUUUCCUGGAGAAAGGAUUUGAAGCCAGGGAACCUUACCUAAGAGCCAUGACAAGCCGAGGAAAUCAGCUCGAGUCUAUCGCCUUCCGCAGUGAAGACACCACUGGACAGCAGGGUACCAAUGAUGAUGUGAUUCUGUCCUGCUGUCUCCACUACUGCAAGGACAAGGCCAAAGAUUUCAUGCCUCAGCAGAGAAAUGGAACAGUGAAACUCCACAGAGAGGUGGUGCUACUCACAGAUGACCGUAACCUGCGCGUCAAAGCGUUGACCCGCAACGUCCCGGUCCGGGACAUCCCUGCUUUCAUGAGCUGGGCCAAAGUGGGCUGAACCGGGCAGAGCUGGAAUCAAAGGAACCCAACUGCUGAAGCCGGCUUGCCACUCAGCCAGGGGAGAAGACACACUUUGAGAAGAAGACAGGGGAGAAACAGGGGAGAGGAAAUGUAUGAAGAAAGCAAAAAACCACUUCAUAUGGAAAAUAAGCAAAUGAUUGAGAGAGUGGUUUCAAUGAGCUUGCCCCACCCCCCCACCCCCCUUGAGACAAAGUGUGUGUGUAUGUAUGUGUUAAGAUCAGUGAGCUUCCCCAGAAAGAGUCAGGGAGACUUGAUAAGUCUCAGGAAGGCGGGAUCAGAAAGGAGUCAGGUAAUAAAGGAGUGAUUUGAUUUGUAAGAUGUCCGGUACCAGCCUCGAGCCUCUGCUCCUAGUUAGUGAGUGUAUUCUGCAAGAAGUAUUCAAAUUUGAGGCUAAUGAUAGAGUGAGGCAGAGAGAGGGAGAGUGUUUGUGGUCAUUUAAUUGAUUAAAGAGAGUAGUAAUGAGGCCACAAGUGGCACUUCCACACUCCUCUUGAGGACACGGCCACUGAGGCUGCUCUGGCCUCUACAGUAGAGCUGAGAGAAGAAGGAAGAUGAGGAGAAAGCACAGCUGGAGGACCCUAAGAGUGUAAAAUGAGUGAAGUGAGGGUCAAUUAAAGGCCCACAUGUAACUUCAGACUAUCCACGGAUAGGUUUGUUUGUUCCAUGCAUUGAUAACUUGAGUUGUUCCUCCAGCUUGAUGCUAACGUUGAGUUUGGGUAGUAAAGGAAAAAUGCUCUUUAACAAGUCUACAACUAAUUGGUUAUAAUUUAUUUUCUUGUUGCUUUAACUUGUUUUUCGGUUUGUGUGUGACAUUUAUUUGUUUUAAUUCUUGGAGGCCAAUUUCUCUCUUUUUUUUUUGGACCUGAUAAUAAGCAUCUACAGAGUUUUUCUCAAAACAUGUGAACCCCAGUUUAUUGAAUCCAAUCUUUUAAAGGUUUUAUGAUUUUUUUUUUUUUUUUUAGCUUAAAAAGAACAGUAACAUGGACAAUAAUAAAAAGCUAAUCAGUUGUUUUUUUCCCCGAGAUGUUUGAGUGACAUUCCAGCUAUCUUUCUUUUCUCACUUGAAACAAAUAAAAGCAGAUACUGAAAGAGCCCCAUCUACUUUAGACGGCCAUGUUGUAAGUAGAUCCUCGGCCCUUACAGCUACUCUGCAGAUCUCUUAAUAUAAGGUCCUACUUGUACCUACUUAACUCCAUCUUUACAAUCACGUGAGGAGUCCUGUGCUUUUCACAUAAAACUACAACAGCAGUUUACCUAUUCUGAAAAAAUAUUACUAACCCCAACACGUGUUUUUCUUUUUAAGUGUGACAGUUUUUUUCAAGGUCAUAUUUCACAUAAAUCCACUUUCACUCUUUUAGUUAUAACACACAUGAGGUCCACCAUCAUAAACCACAGCCUUUAAAACUCCAGUUAGCUGGAGCAUCAUCUCACUGGUACAUGUUCAAUAUGAAACACAUGGGUAGUGUUUGUGCUUGUGUAUGCAUUGCAUUGCUUUGAAGACAAGUACAACUAUGCUGACUUGUCUCGGAUGCUUCUGUGUGCAUUUGUUUCUGAAAAUCUAAAUCUUUUACUAACAGUUGGUAUAUAAAUAAAAAAUAAUUCCGUCUGUAGAUGUGGCUUUCUUGCUUUUUUUUUUUCUCCUGUUCUGUUUCAGCUAGGCUCAUUUGACUCUCAUAAGCUCUUGAUGUUUCUGUAUUAGUGUGAACAGAGUUAUUGCAUUUGUUCCACUGCUCUGUGCAGAUGCUACUGUAGUGUUCAGUAAAAUCUACCGUGUUUAGUGCUGCUGCUUUGUUUUUGUGUCAGAGCAAAUGUAGUAGAGACAUAAACAGUUCAUCACUAUUUCAUCUUCCAUCAAUAAAUAUGUUCUGAAGCCA